ACGACCGCCAAACCCAAGCCCCUUCUCCCCGGCGGCCUCCGGCCUCCGCUUCGCCGCGCUCCGGAAGGUAAGCGAGCUCGCUCCUCCUCUCCUUCCCGCGCCGCCUCGCCAGCUUCUUCGGUUCCCGUCUGCUGCGCGCGUAGAUCCCGGUUCACGGGCGGUGGGGUGUCUCGGGUAUUCGUUGGAAACCCUAGGGUUGUGUAGCACGAGGUCGUAUCUCCCACUGCGUCUAGCCUCCCUGCGCGAAACCCUCGUCCACGGCCGCCGCCACGCAUCACCCACGCCGCCGCCAUGCCAAUUCCGGCCUCCUCCACGACCGGUGGCGGCGGUCCAAGCUCUCCAAGAAGCAGGACGAAUCAUAUGCGAACCCGGCGGCCGAGCUCUCCAAGAAUACGGCAAGGCUUAGGUACAAAUCGCUCAAUUCCACAUCAGGAUCUCAGUCAAGGUGCUGCUGCAUUCCUAUAAAGACACUACAAGUACCCUUGGUUGUUCUAACUUUCAAGAAAUAGCCAGUUGUGCAUAUAUAAACGAGAAGAGGGCACGCCGCCGCCGCCGCCUCCGGUGAUCGAGGGGUGAGAAGAAGCAUCAUCAGCUCAGCAGCAGCCAUGUUCGGCUCCACCAACCCAUUUGGGCAGUCAUCCACCAGCCCAUUUGGACAGAACUCAUUCGGAACCCAGCAGGGAUUCGGCCAGGCUACACCUGCUGCUAACAACCCCUUUGCGCCAAAACCGUUUGGCAGCCCAACCACAGCUUUUGGGGCACAGACUGGAGGCUCGCCUUUUGGCACUGCAUCCACUGGUGCCUUUGGCCAGCAGCAGUCCACUCCCACAUUUGGCACUACAUCCACUGGUGCCUUUGGUCAGCAGCAAUCCACUCCCACGUUUGGCACCCCGUCCUCCUCUCCAUUCGGGAGCACUCCGGCGUUCGGUGCAUCGCCUGCCCCUGCCUUUGGUGCUACAUCCUCUACCUUUGGCUCUGGAUCUUUAUUCGGACAAAAGCAAAGUUUUGGGGGUUUUGGAUCAUCACCUAGCCAGUCAAGUCCUUUUGGUAGCACGUUCCAGCAAACACAACCGACAUUUGGCAGCAGCACUUUUGGCGCAUCAACUACGCCGGCAUUCGGUACCACAACUACGCCGGCAUUUGGUGCAACCGCGCCAGCCUUUGGAACGAGUACACCAGCCUUUGGCACCGCAACUACCCCAGCAUUUGGUUCGACAUCAACAUCAACAUCUUUAUUUGGUGCUUCUAGCACCCCGGCGUUUGGUUCAUCUACUCCUGGUUUUGGAACUUCAGGGAGCACAGCAUUUGGUGUGGGUGGUACUGCUCCAGGUUUUGGAUCUUCGAGCACACCUUCAUUCGGCACAUCAACCAAUGCAUUCAGUUUUGGUUCUUCACCAUCUUUUGCACAAACAGCAGUUUCCUCUGGUAGUUCUCCCUUUGGAACAACAUCACCUUUUGGUGCGCAGACUCCAGCAUUUGGCUCACAGACAGCAGCAGCAGCUUUUGGGCAAGCACAAUUUGGUAAUCAAGCUGGAGGAACCAGAAUAAAACCUUAUGCUCAAACACCAGAUGUUGACGGUGCUACCAGUGCUACUCAACCUGCUGCAAAACUUGAUUCCAUAUCUGCGAUGCCUGAAUACAAAGACAAGAGUCAUGAAGAAUUGAGGUGGGAAGACUACCAGCGUGGAGACAAGGGUGGACCAAACCCUUCUGGAACUCCAGCAGCGGCUCCUAUCUUUCCAUCAUUAAGUACACAACAGAAUGCUUUUGCUCCAACAAGCAAUGUAUUUAACCAGUCUACCCCAAGCGCAAUUCCAACAAACAAUCCAUUUGCUCCUAAGCCUGUUUCAACUAGUGCUUCACCAUUCAACUCGUUUAACAGUACAGUUGCAAGUUCGAGCCCAUUCGCAUCGUCCACUAGUACCACAAUGUUCGGACAGACAGGUGUUUCCCCAUUUCAAGCAAGUAGCUCACCAUCUUUGUUUGCAAAUACCACUCCUUUUGCUUCAUCAUCGUUGUUUGGCACAUCAACUACGAAUAAUCCAAAUCCAUUCGGCACUGUCUCGUCAUUGGCUAACACUCAAUCGGCCCCACUAUUUCAAUCUGCCCCAACAUUUGCACAACCGUCAAGUACACCAGCUUUCUCCUCUGGAAACCUAUUUAGCACACCACCUGGCAGUCUGUUUGGCGGCGGACCUUCACUUUUUUCAACGCCAACAUUUCAGACAUCUGCACCUGUUCAAACGCCAAACACAUUCUCCUUCCAACCUCCAACUCAACCAGCUUCUACAGGUGGUUUCCCUGGUUUUUCCAACACUGCUAAUCAGGCCCUCAUUGGACAACAAUCUCCUAGCCAGUCCAAUAUGGUCAUGCAGCCUGCUCCUAUUUCAAAUCCAUUUGGGACACUUCCAGCAAUGCCUCAGAUGUCCAUUGGGAAUGGCGGAUCUUCUCCUUCAGUUCAAUAUGGAAUAUCAAGUCUGCCGGUUGCUGAGAAGCCUCUUCCGACUAGAACAUUGUCCAUGGCGGUUCCCAGGCAUUUGUCACAGAGAAGGAUAAAAUUGCUGCCAAGAAAAUAUAAUCCAAUAUCAGAUGGCAAGGUUCCAUUCUUUGCUGACGAUGAGGAAUCUCCAGCAACACCAAAAGCGGAUGCUUUUUUCAUCCCUAGAGAGAACCCGAGGAAUCUGAUAAUCCGUCCAAUUGAGCAGUGGCCUUCGCGGAGUGCAAUUAACAGGCAAUCGGUUCCAAAGGAUUCAACUGAUUUGGACAAAUAUGAAGAUACGUCCACUGAAAGUGGGCGUGAUAAGACUGUCAAGUCACCAAGGAGCAGUCCUCUGGUGGAAAAUGGCCAGCAGCAUGAACCCAGUCAUCAUGGGAAUGGGAAGGGUACUUCAGUUGAGAGGCUGUUGCCUAAGCUCCCGCAGGAAGAUUACUUCACGGAGCCUAGUCUGGAGGAGCUUGCUGCCAAAGAACGUGGUGAGCCAGGCUACUGCAGUCGGGUGAAAGACUUUGUUGUGGGGCGCCAUGGCUAUGGCAGCAUCAAGUUCCUGGGGGAGACGGACGUGAGGGGCCUGGAUCUGGAGUCAAUCGUGGAGUUCAACAACCGGGAGGUGAUCGUGUACAAGGACGACAGCAAGAAGCCCCCGGUGGGUGAGGGACUGAACAAGGCUGCGGAGGUGACUCUUCUGAACAUCAAGUGCAUGAACAAGAAGACCGGGGAUCAGUACCGAGAGGGCCCGCGGGUGGAGAGGUACAGGGACAUGCUGAUGAUGAAGGCAGAGGAGCAGGGCGCGGAGUUCGUGUCCUUUGACGCAGCCAAGGGAGAGUGGAAGUUCAGGGUGAAGCACUUCAGCACCUACGGGCUCUGGUGAAAUCCUUCCUCCUGAUGCUUUGGAUAGAUGGAUGAUGAAAUGGUUUUUCUGGUUACUAGUUUUGUAACGUUUGGAGGUGCAGGAGCAAACUUGCACGCUUUGCAUGGGUUUUGUUAUGCUUGUUUUGUUCAUGUUGUCGGUGCUGUAAAAUGCUUGUUUUGUUCAUGUCAAAUUAUUCAGCAGGCUUCUUAUUAUGUCUGUCUGUCUGUCUGUCUGUCGAUCAAUUACACAGCCUUGUUAUUCAGUAUGAUGUGCUACAUUAUAUCAAUUCAUGUUGGAUUCACAACAACAUGAGUUGCCAUCAA